AUGAGCGAGGUCGAGCAGGCCGGACAGGCUGGGCACGAAUCAGUCGGCGACGGUCGUCUGAGUGACGUGAGCGUCACGGGCAAAACAGACGCGCUUGGCGGCCGUAGCGGGGCUGCAAACGACGGUACGGCUGACAACAUGCAUGCCACCAAGGAUGCCAGCCAAGAAUGGGGCUCGCUCGACGAGCUGCGCGACGACGAGCUGCGGGCGGCAGUGGCCGAGGCGAGGGCCCGGGCCGACGAGCGCGGCCACCUCGUCAGGGUUCAGCGGGCAGUGCUGGCGGACAAGGAUGCGGCCAUCACGGCACUGGAGGGUGAGGUUGAGGCUCUGCUCGCCUCGCAUCAGCGGACUCAGGCCGAAAAGUACGAGACCAUUGCUCGGAUCCGCAAGGAGGCCGCCGCCGAGGCCGAUCGCGCCGCCGAGACGAUCCGCCUGCUCGAGUCGCGGUCGGCGGCCGGCGCGAGUGCGGGCGGCUCGACAAGUCACGGCUCGGUCGCUGCACCGUCGCCGCGCGGUGAUGAGAGCGAGGAUAUUGAGGCUGCUAACGCUCGACUGUCCAAAGCUGUCAAGUCGCUCGAGCAUGACAAGACAAUGCUUCGCCGCCGGCUCGCCGCCUACGCCCGCGACAUCAAAGCGUACAAGAGCCAGCUCCGCGACGCCUCGCGCGUCAUUGUCGAACUGGGCGGCGACGCGCUCGAUUUGCGCUCGGGUGAGUCGGGGCUGAGCGCGGUUGCGCUGGGCAGCGACGGCGAGAGCGAGAGUGUGUCGACGCUGCCUGCGGCGGCUGCUUCGGGCGGCACGGCAGCGAGCAGGCCCGACAAGAGGCGCCACAAGCGCCGCAAGGUUCCGGCCCGCAAGCGCGGCAGCCGCAAGCACGCAAACCGCAAAUCCAAGUGCUCAGGCGAGGCGCCGCAAGGUCGGCGGCGGAAGAAGAAGCGCAAGCUGCGGAGGGUCAAGGUCAAGGUCGACGAGGAGACGGGCAAGGCGGGCAAGACAGACAGGGCAGACAAGGCUAGCCCAAGGAAAGAUUCGAGCGAAACUGCAGCCAAAACCGAAGCUGUGGGCUCGGAAUCGGGUUCGGGUUCGACGCCUGCGUCGUCGCCAGCGGCCGACUACGUUCCCAAGUCGCCGCCAGUCGCUAGCACGGCAGGUUCAGACGCGACCGGCGGCGGAUCGGCGAGCUCGAGUGGCGAGUACGAGUACGAGAGCGACGACGACGGUGACGAGUCUGAUGAGUCCAGCUACGAGGAGCUCUCGUCGUCGUCGUACUUGCGGGCCAAGUUUCCGCAGGAGGAGAACGUGUUUGUACUCACGGCCAAGUACAUUUUCCGAUCGCGGCUGUACACCGGCGACGAUACGGUGCUGUACCUCGCGUCGCCGCGCGACGAGCCGAACCUGCGUGUGGUCAUCAAGAUCUUUGACGACGACCGGUGGAGCGAGCGCAAGCUUCCCAAGUCUGUGGGUAUUCUCAAACACCUUGGCCGACACCCCAACAUUGUCGAGGUGCUGGCGUGGUACACGCUACCCAAGACUAGCUGCUACGUCAUUGUGGUGCCGUUUAUCCAGGACACGGUUGUCGACGGCAAGUCGUCGUCGUCUGUCAUUCGGGCGUACAUGUUCCAUCUCUUGGUGGCGCUUGCCCACUGCCACGAGCGCGGUGUCGUGUACCGCGACGUCAAGCCAGACAACAUUCUGUUCGACGCGGCGUCCAAGCGGGCGAUUCUCAUUGACUACGAUUGCGCCACAGUUUACUCUGCGCACCGGCCGCCGACCUCGUACACCGGGACCGAAGGCUACAUGGCGCCCGAGAUCCGCUCGCGCAAGGCGCGUAAGGCCGGCUACUCGUUUGCCCUCCUUUUCAAGGUCCCGUCGUCGCUGCGGUCCGAGCUCUCGCACUCGCGCAUCAUGCGGCAGAUCGAGAGCCUGCCCAAGUCGAUGCGGAGCAAGCCGCGCAUGCAGCUGCUCGAAUCCAUGCUGAAAGUCAAGCCCGCCAACCGCAUCACGGCUGCCGACGCCAUCCGACACAAGUACUUUGGCUCGAUGGCCAAGAAGGCUCUCGCCGCUGCCCGCAAGGCUGCCCGCGCCCGGCCGUCGUCGGCCUCGGCCUCGGCCUCAUCGGACGGUGACGGCGAAGAUCGCAAGUCCAAGCGGUGCAAGGUCCAGUAG